UCUCUAUUGCACAUGUGCAGAAGGUUGCAGCAUGACACGCGUGUAGAGGAAGUGCACAGUGACAGGAGGACCGGAGCAGCUGCAGCCUCUCGCUCCACUCACACUACCGGCUAAACUGUGCUUUAUAUAUUCCCGUUAAAAUGUCGUGGCUGUUCGGCCUGAACAGAGGGCAGCCUGAGGUUCCUCCUGGUCUUCAGCCUCCUCCUCCUCCUCCUCCACCGGCUGGAGGCUCCAGCGGCGGAGGAGACAAACCCAAGGACAAAUGGAGCAACUUCGAUCCCACCGGGCUGGAGAGAGCUGCUCAGGCGGCCAAGGAGCUCGACAAGUCCCGACAUGCCAAAGAAGCUCUGGAUUUGGCUCGAAUGCAGGAGCAGAGCACUCAGAUGGAGCAUCAGAGCAAAAUGAAGGAGUACGAAGCAGCAGUUGAGCAGCUCAAAGGCGACCAGAUACGAGUCCAGGGAGAGGAGAGGAGGAAAACUGUUAACGAGGAGACCAAGCAGCAUCAAGCGAGAGCUCAGUUUCAAGAUAAGCUGGCCAGACAGCGAUAUGAGGACCAACUAAGGCAACAGCAAGCCCUGAAUGAGGAGAACCUUCGCAGGCAGGAGGAUUCUGUACAGAAACAGGAGGCCAUGAGGAAAGCUACGAUAGAGCACGAGAUGGAGCUGAGGAACAAGAACGAGCUGCUGCGUAUAGAGGCUGAGACUAAAGCACGAGCCCGCGUGGAGCGAGAGAACGCCGACAUAAUCCGCGAGCAAAUCCGUCUGAAGGCUGCAGAACACAGACAGACCGUCCUGGAGUCUAUAAAGACUGCAGGCGCUGUGUUUGGAGAAGGAUUCAGGGCCUUUGUGUCAGACUGGGACAAAGUCACAGCCACGGUGGCAGGACUGACCCUUUUAGCUGUGGGAGUUUAUUCAGCCCGAAACGCCACAGCGGUGGCGGGACGUUACAUUGAGGCCCGGCUCGGGAAGCCGUCACUAGUGCGGGAAACGUCCAGAUUCACCGUCGCAGAGGCAAUCAAGCAUCCAGUCAAGACGGUCAAACGGCUGAAGAGCAAACCUCAGGAUGCCCUCGAGGGAGUUGUGCUCAAUCCGUCCCUGGAAGAGCGUGUACGUGACAUCGCCAUAGCAACAAGAAACACGAGGCAGAACCACGGCCUGUACAGGAAUAUCCUCAUGUACGGCCCUCCUGGCACGGGCAAAACUCUCUUCGCUAAGAAGCUGGCAGUGCAUUCUGGGAUGGACUACGCAAUUAUGACUGGUGGUGACGUGGCACCCAUGGGCCGUGAUGGUGUGACAGCCAUGCACAAAGUGUUUGACUGGGCUGGCACAAGUCGACGCGGACUUCUGCUUUUUGUUGAUGAAGCUGAUGCAUUCCUUCGCAAGAGAUCCACUGAGAAGAUCAGUGAAGACCUCAGAGCCACUUUGAAUGCAUUCUUGUAUCGCACCGGAGAGCAGAGCACCAAGUUCAUGCUGGUGUUGGCCAGUAACCAACCAGAGCAGUUCGACUGGGCCAUAAACGAUCGUAUCGAUGAAAUAGUGAAUUUUGCUCUGCCGGGUCCUGAGGAGAGGGAGAGGCUGGUGCGGUUGUACUUUGACAAAUAUGUCCUGGAGCCCGCCACAGGAGGGAGGCAGCGGAUGAAGCUGGCACAGUUUGACUAUGGUCAAAAGUGCUCUGACAUAGCGAAGCGGACAGGGGGCAUGUCAGGUAGAGAGAUCUCUAAGCUGGGUGUGGCCUGGCAGGCGGCAGCAUAUUCCUCUGAAGAUGGCGUCCUGACGGAGGCUAUGAUUGAUGCUCGAGUUGACGACGCCGUCAAGCAGCACAUUCAGAAGAUGGACUGGCUGCAUGGAGACGAGGCGGCUCAGACCAAGACCCUUACACCUCCCCCGGCUGGAGCGACAGCCGGCGUGGGCAAAAUGGGCUUCACUCUGCCCCUCAGCGAGGCACCUGAGGCUCAGGAGGUGAUCGCCCCAAUUCUCGAGAUAGAUACGAAACAAGAAGGUGAAAGUAUACCACCUCCUUCAGACAUCGACCAAUCAGCAGAAGGCAAAAGUGCCGCCCCAGCUGGACAGGACUGUGACGAUGCUGUCAAAGCAGAGGCUGCGACCGAAGCGGAGAGUUUAGCCCAGCCUGCUGCCCCCGCUGACAGCGAGGGCAAGAAGGAAGACAAAACUGGAUCUUCUCCUCCAAAGGACGGAACUCCAGUUUGAGUCGUAGAUUUAUUCAGCGGGGGGCGACCUGGAUUAGAAAGAUUAGUGUCCCGCUCCUUUAACUAGUCAGUUUAUGUCUUAACGUCUGUUGGACUGUCUGUGACAGAAGAUGAGUUCAGCCGGUCGGGGAAGAUAAUUAAUUAACUUUACAAAACACAAAUGACGCCUGAGACUCUUUGAUUCUAAUAUAUAAUGUAUACAUUGUAAAAGUCUACUUUACAUGGAAACCAGACUGUGUGUCGGUAAUAACAGUAUAUAAGUGUUGUGCACGGAUGAGUGUCUCUGUUGAAAUGAUUAAAUGGAUCUGUGUUUUUAUAAACGGCAGAA